AUAAACUAUCAAAUAAUGAUUAUUUAUGAUACGGCAUCAGUCACUUUGAUUUACUGGGCUUUAGCAUUCGUGUCAAGAGACACUGCCGGCAACACGAUGCGUUUGAUUCCCUGUAAAAAAGACUACGACGAAAAUGAAAAUCACUCGAAACAGAUCGACAGAGAGAUCAAACACUGGAUUAAAACGUAUAAUGAAGCAAUCAAACUAUUACUAUUGGGAACGGGAGAGAGUGGAAAAACAACAAUAAUUAAACAAAUGAAAAUUCUACACGUACAGGGAUUCUCAGCAAGUGAGAGAGCAGAAAAAGCGCGUCAUAUCCGGCACAACAUUCAUGAAUCUAUCCAUGAUAUAGUUCAGAGUAUGCCCAUGCUGAAAAUAGAGUUGCACAACCCGAAGAACUGUCGUAGCAGGAAUGUUAUACUUAGCUACGGACCGGAAGGCCCAACGGAAUACACCGAGGAAUACUUCGACCACGUGAGAUCCCUUUGGCGAGACGGUGGUGUCAAAGAAUGUUUUAAAAGAUCUAACGAAUAUCAAUUGAUAGACAGUGCGGAAUACUUUCUAGAUAGAUUAGAUUUAAUAGAAAAAGCAGACUAUGUACCAUCAGACGCCGAUAUAUUGCGAUGUCGACAGAAAACUACGGGUAUACAGAAAAUUGAAUUCAAAGUUAAGGUGCCCAAGUCCAUGCAGGGCGGUGUUCAAGACUUUUGGAUGUUCGACGUCGGCGGCCAGAGGGGUGAACGGAAGAAAUGGAUUCAGGUAUUCGAGGGUAUUCACGCCAUCUGGUUCCUGGUGGCGUGCAGCGACUUCGAUCAGACGUUACGGGAGGAUGGCUCGCAGAACAGGCUGAAGGAGGCGGUGGACUUGUUUGAAGAUGUCUGGCAAAGCAGAUUCCUGCUUGAAGCCGGUCUCAUCCUGUUCCUGAACAAGCAGGACCUGCUCCAGAGCAAGGUCUCGCAGGGUCGCAGCAUCGCCCCCUACUUCCCCCAGUACUCGCAGUUCGAUGCCGCCGGCGACGAGUACACCAGGACUAAACUAUUCAUCAAGAGUCUGUUUACGGAGGUCAUAACCCGCAGACGCACUCGUCGCGUGGAGGCGGCGGCGCCGGCCGAGCGCUUCGUCGUGACCGAGGCGAGGCGCGCGCGCGAGUGCUACUUCCAUUUCACGACGGCCACGGACACGGACAACGUCAGAACCGUGUUUAGAGACGUGCAUCAGAUCAUACUCACGCAUUUGCUUAAUAAUAUCGGCGUUUAUUAAACAACUAGCUGUUGCCCGCGACUUUGUUCACGUGGUUAGAAGAUCUUGAAGCCCUCAAAGAUGAAUAAUU